CAACCAACCAAGAAGAUGGCGCCAGGGGCAGUAGGCACACGGAGAGCUCCUAUUGGCUGGAGAUGCAUCUGCGCAUUGGCCCGUUCCUUUAAACAGGGGAUUUUUCUGCCGAGAGCCGCCCACAGCGUGGGAGCUCCUGGAAGUCGCUGUGGUAGCUCUGCCGCUCAGUCGCCAGACCAUAGAGACAUGGCCAGCACCAACACAGGCUCCUCGCACCCAUACUGGCCUCAGCACCUGAGGCUGGACCACUUUGUGCCUAAUGACCUUCCCUCCUGGUAUAUUGUGACUGCCCUGUUCACCGUCUUUGGGGUGAUCGUUGUGACCGCGUGGCUGUUGUCCAGUUUUGCUUCAGUUGUCCCACUGGGAAUAUGGCGGCGACUAUCCGUGUGCUGGUUUGCAGUGUGUGCAUUCGUCCAUAUGGUGAUUGAGGGCUGGUUCAUUCUCUACUAUGACACCAUUCUUGGAGACAAAUCCUUCUUAUCACAGCUCUGGAAAGAAUAUGCUAAGGGAGAUAGCCGAUACAUCAUUGAGGACAACUUUACCGUCUGUAUGGAGAGCAUCACAGCUUGCCUGUGGGGACCCCUGAGCGUGUGGGCAAUGAUCGCCUUCCUCCGCCAGCAGCCCUCCCGCUAUGUUCUGCAAUUGGUGAUCUCUUUGGGCCAAGUCUAUGGGGAUGUGCUGUACUUCCUGACAGAGUACCGCGAUGGAUUCCAACAUGGGGAGCUGGGCCACCCCAUCCAUUUCUGGUUUUAUUUCUUCUUCAUGAAUGCUAUAUGGCUGGUGAUACCUGGAGUCCUCAUGUUUGAUUCCAUGAAGCAGCUCUGUGGGGCCCAGAGUACACACGACACCAAGGUGAUGAAAGCCAAGCGCAAACAGAACUAAUGAAGGGGGCACAGGACCAGAAGAGGGGCAAGAGGUACUUCUGCCUGCCAGGAAAAUUCAGUCUUGCUCCCCCAGCUUGAGGGUCACUCAGGCUGAUGGUGCGUG